UGGGUAUCGAACCAUUAUCGAAUGUACGCCUGCUGGUCCCAACACCUUGCAACAGGAGAUGAAACACUAAGUAUUGGGAGACACAUUAUUUAUUCUUUCAUCAAUGAAAUCGAAUGACAUCGCCUUCGACGAUGCGGAUACCUAUGUCAUUGCUGAGAACGGCAGCGCAAGUACGGCUCACUCGCCAAAUAUCAAAUUCUUCUGUUUUUAAGGUCACUUCUGUUACUCACUCAAUGGGGCAGUUUGAUGAGCGAGCAGUGAUAAUUACAGGCUCAUCCAGUGGCAUCGGGCGGGCUACCGCACAGUUGUUUGCGCGGGAAGGAGCCUCGGUCACCUUGUGUGGCCGUAAUGAGACAUCCUUGCAAGAAUCCAAGCGUCUAGUAUUGGCUGAAAAUGGUAAUAAUGAAGCAAAAGUUGUUCUUGUGAAAGGAGAUCUACGCGAAGAAGAUGUAAUGAAGAAAACUAUUGAUGAGACUGUGGAAAAGUUCGGACGCUUGGAUGUACUGAUUAACAAUGCCGGUGGCGUGGCGACUGGUAGCCCUUUGGUGGGCAGCGAGAUUGACGGUGAUUUGGGCAGGUUCGAUUACGCAUGGGAAAUAAACACAAAAAGCAUUCUGCGUCUUUGCCAACUCGCCCUUCCGCAUCUCGAAAAGGCAAAAGGAGAGAUUGUGAAUGUGAGCAGCAUUGCUGGACUCAAUAAUGGAUCGGGUUCACUUAGCCCGUUCUAUAGCAUUGCGAAAGCUGCUCAGGACCAGCUUACAAGGAACCUCGCGCUUCAUUACAUUACCAAAGGAGUUCGUGUAAACUCUGUGAAUCCAGGAGCCGUUGCCACCAGCAUCCUACAAAAGCAAGGGUUCACAGAUGAAAUGGUCAAGAAGUGUGAAGACGCCAUGGUAGCCGAAUUCAGGCUCGUUCCUUGUCAACGUAUCGGACAGCCUGAGGAUAUAGCAGAAGCGAUACUGUUCUUGGCUGACAGGAAACGAUCCAGCUACAUUGUUGGUCACCAACUAGUCGUCGACGGUGGAUCAUCUUUACACUUCCCGCUAUCAGCGGAAGGUCCACAAAUUCUCGCCAGCGUACUUCCAGGAAGCAAUCCUCACAAAUAGAUUUACAACCUAAUCGACUUGAUAAAUGUUUCAUGAGAGAUUUCAUGGUGCG